UCUCCCUUGCGCUGCCUUACUGCUUCUCCUCCCCUUUUCUGCCUCUCUCUCGGCCACCGUGUCCAUCACCACACAAUUAGUUUUUAUAUACAUACGAGGCUUAGCCCCCACGACAGCCAUGGCCGGCAAAGAAAUCCUCAAUAAGAUGAAGGUACGUUUAACUAAUUUUAUCUUGUUUUAUUUUUUUUUCUCAAAUUUUGGGUACGAUUUACAGACCCUUUUGUGUUUUCUUGCGCAAGUUCUCAAUUUGUUAUGUGGGUCACCGGCACUGAUGAUUUCUGGACCUGAAAUCAGUGGCCUUUACCUUAACCUUCUUAGCUUUGGCCAUGGUGGGUAAUCUGUGAUGUGCUUGAUUCAUGAUCUGUAGGUUUCUUCUAGGAUUUGAGACUGUAUUUACAUAUGGGGUUAUCUUGUACUGUUCACCAUGUGUGACAGACUUUGACCUAGAACACACUGGUAUUCUUAUUGUGCAAUAUGAUAGAAAGUUGAUUCCUUUUUAUGUUGAAUUGCGCUUUUUCUUAAGGAUCAUCAGGAUUCAGAAGCAUCUUUAAGAGACUGCCUCUCUCCAUGAAUAUAAUAUUUUACAUUGGGAAAAAAGUUUUAGCUUUUACAUUGUUUAACUCCCUAGCCAAGAAGGUAUUUAGCAGCAUAUCAUCCUAUUCUGACUUAGGUCAAAGUGAUGGGUAAUAAAAGUAGACAGAGAUUUGGAAGAACUAAUCUUAUUGAAUGAAUCCUUGUGAUCCCCAAAAAUUAUAACAUUUCUCUUGUUGCUCUGGUUCGUACUUAAUUGCUCAUAGCUUCUCUUCUUUAUUGCUCAAUUUACUUAUGAGUGAUUUGUUCAAGUUGUAUGAAAUGUUGAAUGGGCUAUUUCAAUCAUAUAUUAUGUUUUUCAUUUCCUUCAAGUUGGAAGCUUGAAUUUGAUGUUUAUUUAAGCAGUAGUUUUGUUCUUAGGAAACUGCUUUUCUUGCUUCAUUGUAUUUUUUAUCAGUGUAAUUCAACAAAAACCAAGAGUAUGUGACAAACUAUUGUUAGAUUAAAGGUAUGAACAAAGUGAAAAAGCGCUUUCAAUGUGGAUCAGAAUUUGAUUAUUCUUAAUAAAAUUAUAUGGUCACUCACUGGCCCUAGCAUAAAAGUCAAAUUUAUAAGAUGAAUGUGGUAGACAUCAUACCACAGCCAUGAAGAGAGAGUAGAUUUGUCACUAGCUCUCUCGACAGGCUUCUAUCUAUUAUGUCUCUCAACUUCUGCUCAAUGACCACUUGUAGCUAAUAAUAGAUUUCUGUCACCGGUUUUUCUUAGCUGUCCCAUAUCUAAUGAACAGUAAAUCACAGUUAAGUGUUUUAAUUGAAUUUGCACACUAAUAUGUUUGCUGCAGGAAAAAGUGGGAUUAGGCUCUUCUGAUACUGAUUCUGGAAAGGGCAAGAGUAAGAUGUCAAAGAACAUAACACAUGGUUAUCAUCUAGUGAAAGGAAGAUCACAUCAUGCCAUGGAAGAUUAUGUUGUGGCAGACUUUAAACAAGUCGAUGACAAUGAGCUUGGUUUAUUUGCAAUAUUUGAUGGUCAUCUAAGCCAUGUUAUUCCUGAUUAUUUAAAGAAUCAUUUGUUUGAAAAUAUCUUGAAUGAGGUAAUGUACGUUAUUUGUGUGUCACAUCCUAUUCAAAUAAGCCCCUACAUUUAUU